CGAUGUAGGGCACGGCGCGGCGCGCCCGAGCCCCAGCGCCGCCACGGGAGCGGCCCCCGCGGCGCCGUCUAUGCCCGCGCCGCCCCGCCGCCCCCCCCAUGGUGCGGCCCCGCCGCGGGCCGUCCGAGAUCCGCUGGGCAGCAGCGCCGCGGGGAGUCCGGGCUGCUCCGGGGCUGCGAUGAGAUAGAGCCGGCGGCGGAGCGAGGAGCCCCGCGGAGGAGGGCGGGGGGCGGCGGAGAGCGACGCGACCCCCGGCCGCCCGUGGGUCGUAUGUUCAGGUCCAAACGCUCAGGGCUGGUGCGGCGACUUUGGAGGAGCCGCGUCAUUCCGGACAGGGACGGCGGAGAUGGGAGCGCCAGGAGCGGCCACGACCUCGGAGCCACCGGCAGCUGCAAGAUCGCGGAGAAAAGCCCCUCGGCGGAGCUCCGCGCGGUAGCGCGCAGCCUGCUGCUGCGGGAGGCGGAGGAGCGGCGCGGGGCGGCGGGCGAGGCGGCGCCGCGCGGGGACCCCAUGGCGGAGCGGCGCGGGGCCCGGCUCCGAGCUCCCGGCUCCGCAACGGAGAGCGACGGCCGGACCGUGACCUGCUGCCUCUUCUCGGAGCGGGAGCCGGGCGGCCCCCAGCCUCCCCCCGCCGCCGCCCCCGGACCCGACGGCGCGGCCGACGGCGGCUCCCCGGAGCGGCGGGGCCGGGAGGCGCGGGCGCGGCUGCUGGUGCUGGAGCAGGAGCUGAAGGCCGUCACCUACUCGCUGCUGAAGCGGCUGAAGGAGCGCUCGCUGGACAGCCUGCUGGAGGCGGUGGAGUCCCGCGGGGGGAUGCCCGGCGGCUGCGUCCUCGUGGCCCGCACCGAGGUGCGCCUGGGGGGCCUGGCGGCGCCCCCGCACCUCCUCCUGGGCAAAUUGUUCCGCUGGCCCGACCUGCAGCACCCCGCCGAGCUGAAGCCCCUCUGCGAGUGCCAGAGCUUCGGCGUCGCCGACGGACCCACGGUCUGCUGCAACCCCUACCACUUCAGCCGCCUCUGUGGGCCAGAGUCUCCACCACCUCCCUACUCUCGGCUGUCUCCUAAUGAUGAGCAAAAGCCACUGGAUCUAUCAGAUUCCACGUUGUCUUACACUGAAACAGAGGCUACAAACUCUCCCAACGUCACGCCCGGAGAUUUCUCAGACGCCAGCACGUCGCCCGAUGCCGUGAAGAGGAGCCAUUGGUGCAACGUGGCCUACUGGGAGCACCGGACGCGCGUGGGCCGCCUCUACACAGUGUACGAACAGUCUGUCAGUAUCUUCUACGACCUACCUCAAGGAAACGGCUUCUGCCUCGGACAGCUCAACCUGGACAACAGGAGCGAGACUGUGAGAAGGACUCGAAGUAAAAUCGGCUACGGGAUUUUACUGAGCAAGGAACCGGACGGGGUGUGGGCCUACAACCGCAGCGAGCAUCCCAUCUUCGUCAACUCCCCGACACUGGACAUCCCCAACUGUAGGACUCUGAUCGUGCGCAAGGUGAUGCCGGGCUACUCCAUCAAGGUGUUUGACUACGAGAAGUCCUGCCUGCUGCAGCACACGGCCGAGCUGGAUUAUGCAGACGGGCCCUACGACCCCAACAGCGUCCGGAUCAGCUUCGCCAAGGGCUGGGGGCCGUGUUAUUCCAGACAGUUCAUCACGUCCUGUCCUUGUUGGCUGGAGAUCUUACUCAGCAACAACCGAUAACGCCUCUGGCGAAAGGAAAACAACAACAAAACACACACACACACACACACAAAAAGUUGAAAAAAAAGAAGAAAAAAAAAAGAAAAAAAAAAAAAAAGACACAGACUAUCCCAAAUAUCAUCUACCUAGAUUUAAUAUAAAGUUUUAUAUAUUAUAUGAAAAUAUAUAUUAUACUUGUAAUUAUGGAGUCAUUUUUACAAUGUAAUUAUUUAUGUAUGGUGCAAUGUGUAUAUGGACAAAAAACAGAAAAUGCACUUUGGCUUAUAUAA